GCAUCUUCCUCGUAAUAGAAAGAGAAAACACCGCUGAGCAAUUUUCUGUAUUUUCAUUUCCGAAAAAAACGUUUUUUCAGGUUUAUCGCAUCUUUCUGGAGGAUCUAGCCGCUACUACUAUCAUGAAGUUCUUGGAGUACACUAACCUAGACAGAUUGAAUGUUUUUAUGGGUCAUCUAAAUCUCGGGGAAAGAACUAUCAAAGGUUGCUUGGAAGCCUACUCUUGCAAACAUGCAGGAUCUGAUAAAAGAUUGUCUCUUAGUUUGGAGAAUGAGAUGCUCGAUUAUCUUGGGAAAUCGUCUGACACUGACUCUUCUUCACCCGUUGAUCUCUUGUUAAGCAGAUCAAGUCGAAAGGCUUUGAUCUACUUGGUUCUUACGCUCUAUCAGAUGUAUCCGGACUAUGAUUUCAGCGCUGUCAAAGCACAUCAGUUUUUUUCGGAGGAAAGCUGGGACACGUUUAAGCAGAUUUUUAACAACUAUAUGUUUGAAGCUUCUAAGGAAUGGACUGAGAAGAAUGAGGAUGGUUCCCUUCUUGAGGUAAUCUACAAGGCUCUUGAUGAGGUCGUAAAAUUAGCUGAAUGUGAGAUAUAUGUUUACAACCCAAAUCCUAAUGCUGAUCCUUUCCUCGAGGAAGGAGCAAUAUGGUCUUUCUGUUUCUUAUUCUACAACCGAAAACUGAAGCGCGUUGCGGGUUUUCGUUUCUGCUGCACGAGUAACCUGGCAAGUGAUGCAUUUCUCACUGACAGUCCUCCAUAUGGAGAAGAUGAAGAGAUCUUUGCCGACAUGGAUAUGUGAUCUCUGUAUUGUAAAGCUGAGUUGUGUGUCUGUAGAAAACCUGUAUCUAUGUGUGAUCUCUAGUCGCUAGGCUUGUAUGAGUCCAAGUCCAAGGUUAAGCUCUUUGCUUUCCUUUAUCUGUGUAGUUGACCUGACUAAUAAUACUCUGUACUGUGU